CUUUUCUUCUCUCUUUCCAUGGAGAAAGUCUCUCUUCCGUUUUCUCGCAUUUUCCACGCGCGUUCGUCAGGUGUACGUACAGCUGGCGGUGGACUCUAACUCCAGAGGGGAAAGCAGUGGUUUUUCUGCGGCCGGUGUGGCCGGUCUUGGUUUUCCAUCGUUUUUUUCGGAGGAACGCUGAAAAGAGUUGCAUUUUGUGUGAAACGUUUCUCUUCUCUCGUGUCUUCUUGUCCGUCCGGUCGCACCACAGUCGAGAGAAACGCCUCCGUUUGUAGCAACCUCCAGGGUGUUCUUUCCCGAUCAUCUUCUGCCCUCUCUCCUCUCCCUCGUUUCUGCUCCUCGAGCGUUCCCCUGCAUCGGAGAAAAGACCUUUUUCCUAUUCUGCGUCCUCUUCUCUGCACAGUGAGUUGCAGAGACGCCUCCAGAGAGAGACAGUUAUCUCUUUGUCAUCUAAAGGCCGAUCUCCAGCGAGAGACCGAGAAUGUUCUCGAGAGUGCCGAACCGACUUUCUUCUUGUUCGCUGUGUCAUCAGUUUUUCCUUUCUUUGCGUCUUCCUUAGCGUUAUCUUGCAGUCUGCAGGACAUCUUCUCUCUGGCGGCCUCCUCGCGUUGAUUCCAUUUCUCGCGCAUUCAUCCAAAAAGUCUCGAUUGUUCACAUCAUCUGACAGUGUGUCCUCUCUGUAAACCUCCCGUGUGCUGUCGCUCUGGCGGCCAAAAAAUACAAAGGAAAGACAUCGUUUCUCUGCAAAAACAUCUGCAGAGCUCUCGAGCGUUGUAGAGCGAGAAGACUCUCGGUUCUUAUCUCUUUUUUGAGACCCGCACCGGCCUCUCUUUUCGUCAUCCCCGCAAAAGCGAGCGUUCACCUCGCUGUGUACACGAGGAAACGUUUUCUGCUCCUACUCUGUGGAUAAACCGCCGAGUAGUUCCCAGUGUCGACUGAUGUCCUGCGUACUGUGUGCUCUGCUGCGGAGCUGCUAGCCUCGUUCGCUCCCUCAGGGUCGCAACUUUCUUUCUUGUUCGUCAUUUUCAGCCGUGCUGUUGCCGGCGUUUUUCACCCCCAUGCUGUGUGUCAACUGGCUGCGACGACCUCUCGCUGUUGUGACAGAGCAUACAUCUCGUUUGUCUGGGAAGGUGUCAAGGUCUCUUCGUUAGUGGCGGUGGCCUGGCUUUUCCUCCAAACGCUUCGCAAUGAAGUUCUCUUCCCCAGCUUCGCUGCGGUGGACGCGCAGCUUCUCUCGCGCUCCUCGCGUUUCGACAGCUCGAGGCCUUCCUGGGUCGUCGCCUUCUGUCUUUUCUUCUCGCGGCCUCGCCUCUCCGGUUCGCUCUCGUCUUCCGCCAGAGCCUCAAGCCUCACUCCCUGCGCGGGCAACGCAGCCGCCAGCUCCCUCGGUCGUCUCGCGCUCUCUGAGUCGCUCGCUCUCUCUCCAGCACCGUCGCGCUUCUCCCUCGUCGCCGUCUCCGCGCUCUUCGGCCCUCGUCUCCUGUUUCUUUUCCUCCGUUUCUUCUGUGCGGGUGACCUCUGCGGCUGCGUGUGGCGGCUCCGACGUCGCGUCUUCUUCUCCCCACGGUUCCUCGGUGACUACGUCGUCUGCGAUCGAGCAAGCGCCGCUGCGCGACCCGCUGGUGAAUCCGAGUUUUACGGCGCAGAAGAUCCCCAAGGACUACGUGAAGAAAACGCUGAUUCCUCACCUGGAGAAUCAGAUCGCGGUCGUCGCGAAGGCGCUGAACGAGCUCGAGCUGGCGAAUUUGGCAGCGGCGUACUCCAAGUUGCCGCCGGCGCUGCGCCACCCUGAGUUGUGCCGCGAACUGGCGGAGAAGGUGAAGUUCCGCAUGAAUGGAUUCGGCGCCCAGGAAAUCGUAUUGGCUCUGCACCCGCUCUUCUCGCUGGUCGGCGACUCAGACAAAGAGCUGUGGAGACUGUUUGCGGAGCGCAUCGAGAAGGAGUUCAUUCUCCGAGAGCUGUCCGUCUUGAACCUGGUCUCUGUGCUGCGCGUCUUCGAGAAGCUGGAGGGCGCGUUCGGGGAUGAGUUCGCCGCCUUCGUCGCCACUCUGCAGGACUUGCUGAAAGCAGGAAUCUCGCAGUUCGACGCCAUCGAGCUCCACGACACCCUCGUCGCGCUCUCGAUGAAUCACCGGGAGACGAAGAGAGACCUGCAACUUGUGCGCUUCGCCCUGGCCGAGAUGGACAAGAAAGUCCACGCUCUCUCCCUCCUCAACCAACUGUCGCUGCUCCAGGCGCUGGUCCGACUGAAAAUCGAGCACCGCGAGCUGACGGACCUCGUAGCCUCGCAGCUGCAAGACGGCAGAAAAAUUCGCAACAUGCCACCGAAGUUCGUCGCUCAAACUGUCUGGGUCUUCGCGAAGCUCGGAAGGCUCGCAGACGUCGCGUGCACUGUGGGACCGCUGAUGGAACACCACAUCAAACGAUUCUCCGUCGUCGAUUUCGCACGCCUCGCCCAGGCUCUGCCUGCCGGUUCCUCUGUGCCUCUCCGAGUGUGUCGAAGCCUCCAAGAGCGGCUUGCGUCCAUGAGCGUGAAGGAGUUCUGUUUCUUCCUCUGCGCAUGCGUUCGCCUGAAUAUUCUUCCUGACCAGCAUGGCCGUAUUCCGUACUUCUCGAAUGCCGCCGACGAGGACGCCCAAGACCUCUUGGCCGGAAACUCUUCGGCCCUGAUUGCGACGAUCGACGCGGCCGGACUGCUGGAGUCUCUCUUGUCCUUUAUGAACGCGAAAGAAAGUGAAUUUCGCUGCGAGGACAUCCGCAGAGUAGUCCUCGUUCUGCAAGGCUACGCCGCCGACUACGGCUACCUCCUGCAACAACUUCCAGAAGGAUGGAAAGACAUUGAAGAAAAUCUUGAUACCAUGGCAGAGAGACAGGAAACGUCUGAAAAAGCCUGAUAUGCUCGAUUCCAUAAAACUGAGUUUUUCGAUAUUUCUCUUUCUCCCCAGAAGCGAAGAGGACCAUUCGUCCUCAUUUCUUCUCGCCUUCUCGGCGGAUAGACAAUUACAUCUCUGUCUCGAGUUCCUACUGAAUAGAAGGUGCCCUGCUUUCUCGGUUUCUCUUUCUGUUUCUUCCUGCGAGGUUCCCCAUCUGCUCAGCUUGCGGUGGGUAUCUCUCCGGUCGGUCGAACGCAUAUUUGUGCCUGUCGUGUCUCUUGUCUCGCUUCUUCCUUCAAGUUUUCGUUCACCUCUUCGCUGAUUUCCUGCUUCUCUUCCGUGCCUCUCGACUCAGUCUGAAGAAGCCUGUGAAGAGUCCCGAACUCUCCGGAGAGGCUUUUCUGCUCAGUUCUCUCUGCCGUUUGCUUCCUCCGCUAAACAAACAACGAAGUCGGGAAAGACAAGGAGUGAGACGCAUCGAAGCCGCAGAACUCAACGAAGUCAGCGUACACAGAGACGUGGUUUUUGCGUGCGAAGACCCACAUAAAAACAGGUAUCUGCAGAAAAGCAAAUACAUAAAUAAAUACGUAAAUAAAAGUAUAAAAUAAGUAGAUAUACAUGGUAGUAAGGAGUUGAGCGAAUGCUUGGAGACGAGUUUCAGAGGCCGGUCUCGGCAUGUUUCGAGACGUUUUGGCAACUGCAGACGCAAACUGUUUCGCAGUUGACAUUGCUUUCCUCCUACGGGGCCCCCACCGAGACAAAACGAGAGACACAAGGCUUUGCGCUACCUGAUGCCGCGGAAGCAGGUCUUUCUUCGUGAACGAACCAUCCUUUUCCGCGCGAAAAGAGAGCGCGAGACAGGAGAGGGAACACAGCGGAAGAAGUCGCUCUUCUUCAGAGACCGAAGGGAACUUGCAGAUGAACAUGAAGUCGAAAAGAGCAGAAAGGCGCUAGAGUCAAAGGCCGCAGGCAGCGCGAGAACGAGACGGUAUCACAGGUCGGAGGAAGAGUUGGAGAGAAGGAAGCG